CAUCCGCAUUAAUGAUUACCAUUAGCUUCGUAAGGGAACCCCUGGCGCUCGAUUACCACAUGAACCAUGGGACAUGGAACCUAUUUCCCAUCUCGGUAUCACAUCUGCUUCUUCUGCGGAACCAAUAGCGGGGCCCUCCCAGCGGCAACGUGCAGCUACUGUCCCGCAAACGCCAGAGCCUUUGGAUACCAGACAAGACUUUACACUCAGUUUAGAAGGUCCCCCCUCACCGGCGUGUUCAUCAAUAUCAGAGAAAAUACCCACAGAUCCGGAUGACCCCGAGAGUAGCUCUCAUUCCACCAAUGAAAGACCAGCCUCAGUACAGCUUGAUGAUGCCGACAUCGAUUCCCUCCCGUCCCUUUCAUUUACACCUCAGGCUUCUUCAUCUGCGCUCUCACGUUCCUCAUCCAUAUCAUCUUCCCCGUGGUCCACAACUGCGACCGACCAAAAUAGUAUUUCUGUCAGCCACGUUCAUGAUUCGGAAAUGUCUUUCGUCCACGAGGUCAAUGGCAUGGAUGAAGAUCAUCCUCUCAGCUAUCACUCUGAUUUUGAUUACUACACACAGCCGCACUCUGAUUAUUCGGAGUCAGACUGGGACUUACCUUCGAAGGUAACAUCUGAAACCCCUUACCCAGAAGUUGCGCCCACACCAUACACCUCUUUUACUCUCCUGAAACAUCUUCGGACCUCACACGAUCGUUUCAAACUAUGCCUGGAAUCCUACACGACCUGCCCAAAAACAAGAAGCCAAAUCUCUCACCAAGACAUGAAGAUGCUCCACGCGAUGGUGAUGGCACACCUGACCAACGAGGGCCCACCCCCAGGGCGAGACCGUGAUGAGGACAGACGAGGCCAUAAAUACGGAGGAAGAGCGGAGGGGGGUAAUUCUGGAAAUCAUGGUUCUGGAGGGUACGGUCACGAGGGUGGUGGGGACGAUGGGGAUAGAGAGCGUAGGCCAAGCACACGUUCACCAGCAUGGAGCGACUCGGAUUACAGCUCUUCUUCAGAUGAAGGAGAUAACGGUACCGUUUACUAUAGCGUGGAUGGACACUCCUCUCGACCGCCAUCUCGUACACGUUCCGUUCGCUCAAGGAUGGUUUCUUGUUCUGAUGAUGAUGUGCCACUCGCUCAAAGCAUGCCAACGGCACUCACGGCCCAAAAGUCUAUUCGAAGGCAAUUGCGUGAUGAGCGCUACCAACGAAAGAUGCAGCGUGCGAAGGGCACUCGCGCAGUAAUGCCGUCCGAACGACCUCCUGUUCCUGCCCUUCCUCCUACUGUCAUACAUGGUCGACAACGUUCUGCGUCCGUCACGCCCUCGCUUGCCCCAUCAAGAGGCGAGAGGACUCGUGGCAGGCCAGCUCCCCUCGAACCUUUCCCCGUUGAUGAUUUGGCGAUGAAAUUAGCAAACUUUCAAAUGGUGACACCUCCGUCGACCGCGUCGCCUUCCUAUAAUGGGAUUGCUUCUGCACCACUACCUGCAAGAGUACCUAUUUCUGGCUCUGGUCCACGGAUUCACAGUCCGCAAGCUGUGGACGAGAUGGCGUUCCUCCAACACGUUCCGACUUAUACCACCGACAAACCUCCUCAAGAUCGGCAGUUGAGAUCCACGCGAUCUUUCCAUCGUCCAGAGGGACGAACGGUGAAUACAGCUCAGCCACGCCGAGAGUUGUCCUUGUCGCAACGCCCCGGACGUAGACCGACGACUGCUUCGCGCAGACCAGAAGACCCGCCUGUGCGCCGGGACAAGUCCGUCACCCAUCCAUCCAGAGAUGGUUUUGAGAUUCGCAAUGCCUCAGACCCGCUACUUGAGGUCCGCCCGUCCAAGCGAGGAUAGUAGAAGACCAACACCAGUAGUCCCUCGCGUCUCCGUAGAUCAGGAUGCAGAGCAGCGUGUUCUUCAACGCCCUCCCGUCGAGAUGAUACAUUCACGAUCUCAGCCUUUGCCUACGUCAAAAGUACAGGUCACCCAGCAACGGGUCUUUAUUGGAGAUAUGCAAAGGUUCAACACAGUGGAGAUUACCUCCAAUACCAAUGCUGGUGAUGUCAUUGCCUUGAUUGCAAGCCAAGGAUCGUUGGAUAAUACGGCAGUCUGGAUGCUGUUCGAGCUUGCGAAUGAUUUUGGCAUGGGUAGGCAGGUUUCACAUCUUCUGUGAACAUCAAGUGACUCGCAAUUACAGAACGUCCUAUCCGAAGUUACGAGCUACUAUCAGAUGUCACUGCUUCUUGGAACAAAGACAAACUUCUGAAUGCCUUUGUGGUCAAACGCACCUACCUGACGCCCUUCUUGAGCCGUUCGGUAAGUUUCUUACUU